GCGUGACGUCCGCCGACGCCAAGAGCGGCCCAGGGCGGUCAUCGCCCUCGCCCCCGGCCGGACCCUCGUGCGUCGGGGCGGGGCCUGCUGCCAAGCUCUGGAGUCCCUCUGCCCCGCCCCGCGGGCCGUCGGGCGCGUCACGUGACGGGUUGGCGGCGCUGGCGGUUACUGUCAGCUGAUUCUCAGGAUUGGUGGCAGCGGCAGUCGCGGCAAUGGACUUUCUCCUGGGGAACCCGUUCAACUCUCCGGUGGGACAGCGCAUUGAGAAAGCGACAGAUGGCUCCCUGCAGAGUGAGGACUGGGCCCUCAACAUGGAGAUCUGUGACAUCAUCAAUGAGACUGAGGAAGGUCCCAAAGAUGCUGUCCGAGCAGUGAAGAAGAGAAUCAUGGGGAACAAGAACUUCCACGAGGUGAUGCUGGCUCUCACGGUCUUAGAAACCUGUGUCAAGAACUGUGGGCACCGCUUCCACAUGCUGGUGGCCAGCCAGGACUUCGUGGAGAGUGUGCUGGUGAGGACCAUCCUGCCCAAGAACAAUCCCCCCACCAUCGUGCACGACAAAGUGCUCAACCUCAUCCAGUCCUGGGCUGACGCGUUCCGCAGCUCGCCUGAUUUGACAGGUGUCGUCACCGUCUAUGAGGACCUGCGGAGGAAGGGCCUGGAGUUCCCCAUGACUGACCUGGACAUGCUAUCACCCAUCCACACGCCCCAGAGGACUGUGUUCAACUCGGAGACACCAUCAGGACAGAAUUCUGUGGGCACCGACACCAGUCAGCAAGGGGACUCUAGCCAGCACACUGCCCCUCUGCCCACCCCAGCCAUACUCCCUGGUGACACGCCCAUAUCGCCAACCCCUGAGCAGAUCGGGAAGCUGCGCAGUGAGCUGGAGAUGGUGAAUGGGAAUGUGAGGGUGAUGUCGGAGAUGCUGACGGAGCUGGUACCCACCCAGGCUGAGCCUGCAGACCUGGAGCUGCUGCAGGAGCUCAACCGCACGUGCCGAGCCAUGCAGCAGAGGAUCCUGGAGCUCAUCCCUCGGAUUGCCAACGAGCAGCUGACGGAGGAGCUGCUCAUCAUCAAUGACAAUCUCAACAACGUGUUCCUGCGCCAUGAACGGUUUGAACGGUUCCGAACAGGCCAGACCGCCAAGGCCCCAGGUGAGGCCGAGCUGGCAGAUGACCUGAUCGACAUGGGUCCUGACCCAGCAGCCACCAACACCCUCUCCUCCCAGCUGGCAGGAAUGAACCUGGGCUCCAGCAGUGUGAGGGCAGGCCUGCAGUCCCUGGAAGCCUCUGGCCGACUGGAAGACGAGUUUGAUAUGUUUGCACUGACACGAGGCAGCUCUCUGGCUGACCAACGGAAGGAGGUGAAAUAUGAAGCCCCCCAAGCAACAGAUGGCCUGGCUGGAGCCCUGGACGCCCGGCAGCAGAGCACUGGUGCGACGGGAGGUGGCAGCGAGAAGAGCCUCAGUGACUGGAUGGUGAGACAAGGCAUGAUCCCUGUCUCCCAGGCCUGCCUCAUGGAGGACAUUGAGCAGUGGCUGUCCACUGAUGUGGGGGAUGGCACCGAAGAGCCUAAGGGUGUCACCAGUGAAGGUAAAUUUGACAAGUUCCUGGAAGAACGGGCCAAAGCUGCUGAUCGGCUGCCCAAUCUCUCCAGCCCCUCAGCUGAAGGGCCCCCAGCCCCACCUCCUGGCUCAGCCCCUCGGAAGAAAACCCAGGAAAAAGAUGAGGACAUGCUGUUUGCCUUAUGAGUGGAGGGUCUGACACCCUGCAGGCCAGGUCCCCGCUGCUCCCAUACCCCUGGGCUGGGGCUCUCUCCCUCCAUUGGUGUUAAGGCUGCUUUGGGGGUGGCUCGUAACUCCCCCUUCUCCCUCCUCGAGGAUGGAGCUGACCAGCCACGGCUGGGCUAUGCCUGGGGCAGGGUGGGAGGCAGCAGGAUGGAUUAGAAGACAGGCCCAUGCCCCAGCAGGGUCCUGACCACUCCUGCCUCCUUCCCCACCGGAGCUGACAGCUACAAUUUUGCUGAGAAGUGGGAAGCCCCAGAACAGAUGGGCUAGCUGCUUGGUUGACCCCGUGUGACUCUCUUUGCCCUGGGUGGUGUCUGUCCUGGACUUCACCCAGCCGAGCACCUUCAGAGGCCUCACUGCCUGGCUGGAAGCCGGCCACAGUGGAAGCUGUGCGGUUCUCUGCCCUGCCCGAGGGCACCCAAUGGCUUCAGCUAGCCAUAGAGCGCUGCCCACUGUCCAAUUAUGAGCUGCCAUAGGCUGCAGGGCCAAGCUCCAGGCGCGCCUGGGCCACUCCCUCUGCUGCCUGGUCUGCAUCCUGCCUCUGCUGCUGCCGGCAGGGCUCCUCUGGCACUGGGCCUGUUGGUGGCUGGUCCUCUUGUACUGGGAGAGGUGCCUUUUAUAUAUAUCCCCAAUAAAGGUAGAAAACCA